AUGGAUUCAAUACGAUUUUGGUCAUAUCUUCUUCUUAUUAUUCCAUCAAUUAUUUGUUCAUUAUUUGUUCUCUAUAAUCUUUUGUUCAUUCGUACUCUACGUCUUGCUCUUAAUAAUCAUAUUUUCAUUGUUCUUCUUUUCAUUGGUUUACUUCUUGAAGUAACAAUAUAUCCAUGGAUGCUUUUUUAUUAUCACUUUAAUGGUAUAUGGCAACGAUCAGUUAUUUUUUGUCAAAUCUGGGGAUUUCUCGAUUGGGGAGUUUUUGUCCUUUAUAUAAUACUUCUUGCAUGGGCUACAAUUGAAAGACAUAUUCUUAUCUUUCAUGAUCGAUGGGUAUCAACUAAAACAAAAAGAAUGUUUCUUCAUUAUCUUCCUAUAGUUUUCCUUAUUCCAUAUAGUCUUAUUUUCUAUAUUAUUAUUUAUUUCUUUUCACCUUGUGAAACAAUGGUUUUUGAAUCUCCAAUGAUUUGUUUUUUUCCAUGUUUACUCUCGGCUAGUUUCAUAAUUAUAUGGGAUGGAAUAAUUCAUCAAAUUGUAACUGUUCUAAUCAUUAUUAUAUUUAGUAUUGCUUUACUUGUACGUGUUGUUUGGCAAAAAUAUAGAAUACAUCGAGCUGUAGAUUGGCGAAAACAUCGAAAGAUGACAAUUCAGUUAUUAUCUACUUCAUUUCUUUUUCUUAUAUGUUAUUUGCCAUUUACAACAGUCUAUGUUGUGAAUCUAUGUGGAAUAUCAAUAAGCAACAUUCAAGUGCUUUUAAAUUAUAGUAUAUUUUUAACUUAUCUUACCGUACUUCUAUUUCCUUUUGUUUGUGCUUUAUCAUUAUCUGAACUUCGUACUAAAUUAAUCAAAAUCUUCAAAUUUCAUCGACAAAUAAAUGGUGUUGGCCGUGCGCCACCAGUUAUGAGAUUUACUACAAACAAUCGAGUGGGUGUUCAGUGA